AUGUCGAAGCCAAAGAGCAUGUCUGUACGAGAGUCGGACGGUGGCGGCCGGCGCGCGGUGGCCCCGUGUCGAACUGUGCGCCGGCCGGCCACCGACCCCAGGCCAGUUUCCGUGUGUCGCCGUCAGUCGGCGAGCUGCUCGGUCCCGUACGACGCCGUACGGCCGUGUGUCGCCAGCUGCUCAGUACGACGCUGUACGGCCGUGUGUCGCCAGCUGCUCAGUACGGCCGUGUGUCGCCAGCUGCUCAGUACGACCGUGUGUCGCCAGCUGCUCAGUACGACCGUGUGGCGCCAGCUGCUUAGUACGGCGUCGUACGGCCGUGUGGCGCUGUACGGCCGUGUGUCGCCCGUGUGGCGCCAGCUGCUCAGUACGGCGCUGUACGGCCGUGUGUCGCCAGCUGCUCAGUACGGCGCUGUACGGCCGUGUGUCGCCAGCUGCUUAGGACGGCGCUGUACGGCCGUGUGUCGCCAGCUGCUCAGUACGACCGUGUGGCGCCAGCUGCUCAGUACGGCGUCGUACGGCCGUGUGGCGCUGUACGGCCGUGUGUCGCCCGUGUGGCGCCAGCUGCUCAGUACGGCGCUGUACGGCCGUGUGUCGCCAGCUGCUCAGUACGGCGCUGUACGGCCGUGUGUCGCCAGCUGCUCAGUACGGCGCUGUACGGCCGUGUGUCGCCAGCUGCUCAGUACGACCGUGUGCCGCCAGCUGCUCGGUACGGCGCUGUACGGCCGUGUGUCGCCAGCUGCUCAGUACAGCGCUGUACUGAGCAGCUGGCGAGCUGCUCAGUACAGCGCUGCUGUACUGCCGUCUGUACUGCCGUACUGCUGUGUGUCGCCAGCUGCUCAGUACGGCGCUGUACGGCCGUGUGUGGUGUGCUGUGUGCGAGUCAGGCGGCCGCGGCUCCGUGUCCGGUCCCACAAACAUAUCGCGCUGUACCUCGCUCGUUGGUGGACUGACCCGGCGGCGUCUGACGCCCCCGGCGGGUGCGGAGGCGGUCGGCUCGGGGUGCAGCCACGGGUCAUGGCGGUGUCCCAGGUGAUCCCAGGUGCCGUCUGCUGGGAGGAUGGUGGGCAGAUAAUACAUGUGCUCCGAUACCGACAAAUGUCUGUUACCGCGGCCGUUACGUAG